CGAUCCGGAUACCACGAUCGCGUCGGGCGUGUGAUGUGCGUGCGCGACUUUCGCGAAGUCGCGUUUAGUGGAUUUGGUGAAUUCGACGUGUCGGCGUGGUGAGUUGCGGCAAGGUUAACGGCGAAUGGCAGAGCCUUUCGCGGAAAAUCGAUUAAAUCCAGGCAGACUGUAGAGACUCGACUACGCGACUCAUGUCGUCGCGUGAUCGUCGCCGUUCGCUAUAGAGGAGUUUGGCCGAUGGCGGCUGUCAACUGGCGGAUCUCGGUGCUCGCUCGCACGAUUCUCGGCCGUUUCUCGGAAAAUUUCGUCCGCACCGAUCUGAAAAUAGCCGCCGUGCGCUCACGUUGAACGCGCACGACACGAUUUAUGAGACCGUACGACUGAGCAGCCUCUUAUAUGACAUCGGGCAAGGAAACAAUGGGUGAACAACCAAUCUUUACAUGCAAAGCGCAUGUAUUUCACAUUGAUCCCAAGACCAAGCGGUCUUGGGUACCAGCAUCGUCGGCAGCAAUAUCAGUUUCGUUCUUCUAUGAUUCCACCAGAAGUCUGUACAGAAUAAUCUCAGUUGAAGGGGCAAAGGCGGUCAUAAAUAGCACAGUUACUCCGAAUAUGAAUUUUACGAAGACAUCACAGAAAUUUGGUCAGUGGUCGGACUCCAGGGCAAAUACCGUGUACGGUUUAGGUUUUGCGUCGGAGGCCGAGCUAGGGAAGUUUAUCGAAAAGUUUCACGAGGUGAGAGAAGCGACGAAGCUGGCUAACGCCAAGUUACAGUCCAACAGCUCGUCGGUCACGCCGGCCACCAGCGCGAAUGUCAGCCCAAUCACGUCCCGAUCGGGUAUGCCGUCGUCGGAGCAGGAUCUCAUAGAUCCGCCAAAUUCCUCGCUGAUCAACUCGAAUGUGUCGGCAUCGAACAACCCGAACCCGAGUGCCAAUUUGAUUUCCGCUCAGAACAGUGUAUCUUCGGUAAGCAGCAGUCCUUUACCUGGUAGUUGUCAGAAUAAAGUGGACGACGAAUUGAAAAACGCAGUCCAUUCAAGAUCACAGAGUGUUUCUCAGCAGAGUACAGAAAGUCCGCAGCACCAAGGGAAAUCGGCGCAACUGAGCUCACAAAGUGGACAAUCGGCCGAGGUGCAGCUCAAGUAUGAGAACGAUAGGCUGAAACUUGCUCUAGCACAGAGUUCUGCCAACGCGAAGAAAUGGGAGGUCGAAUUAACUACUCUCAAGACGAACAAUGCAAGAUUAACGAGCGCGUUGCAAGAGUCCACGGCCAACGUUGACGAGUGGAAGAGGCAGCUGCAAUUGUACAAAGAUGAAAAUGCCAAAAUAAAAUCUAGAUACGCCGAUUUGGAAGCUGGAAAGAUCGCGGAGGGAAAUAGCGAAGCCUUAAGAUUGAGAGUCGAAGCGCUGGAGAGCGAGCUGAGAACGCGAAAUGAGGAGAUCAAAGCUCUCAGUAUGGCCACCAAAAGCAAGGAUUUUGUGGCUCUGCAGAAGGAGAACACAGAACUCCGCGAAAUGUUAAACGUAGUUCAUGAACAAUUAGAACUCGCCUUGAGUGCAAAUAAGGUUCAAAAACAAAAUUUGGAUACAUUAAAUGCCAGAUUAGCUGGCUACAUACAGGAUUUGGUAACGGUACAUCGAGAAAUCACAAAUACACUGCAAACUUAAGUUUGCAGCACAUAGGAAACCUAAGAAUGCUUUCUUAGGUCUUUUGUAUUUACUAUAAGUGCGAUAUACGAAUGGAUGACAUAGAUUAAUGACAAAAGAAGUUCCAAAAAAAAAA